AUGUAUAUAUCUAUCUAUCUAUCUAUCUAUCUAUCUAUCUAUCUAUCUAUCUAUCUAUCUAGAUAUCUAGAUAUAUAUAUACAAGAUAAAGGAACGAGAAAUGUCUAUCCCAGCGUGACAUUCGAAAAGUACGUAGACAAGCGAAAAAAGACCUUGGAUUUCCCUGAUGAUUGGGCCAAAGCUGGGGUACAACUUGGAGCCUCUCGCCCGCCUCGCAUUCGGCGUCAACAAGGAGGCGGUAGUGUUUUGUUUUGGGCCUUCGCUAGCUCACUGGAAGAGAGGAACGCGUGCUUCAAUUUGAUUGGUUCGCGUGUCAAAAUAACCGCCCGGGGUGUCAGGGCAACUCUGGCCGAGACGAUGUCAUUUCUUAUCUCUCUGUCUCUCUGUCUCUCUCUUUAUCUAUAUCUAUCUAUCUAUCUAUCUAUCUAUCUAUCUUUUGACGGUGGGAAAAGUGCAGAUUGUCGAGCUGAAAAAGAGCUCAUUUUUUUUGUUUUUGUUUUUGACACUCUUCUUCUUUCUUCUUCUUCUUCUUGCUUCCCCCUUCUUCUUCUUUUUCUUCUUCUUCCUGCGUCCCCCUUUUUCUUCUUCUUCUUUUUCUUCUUCUUUCUUCUUCCCCCUCCUGCUUCCCCUUAA